UGUCAGUGAGUUUCCGCUGAGCUGAGCGUUUGUAGAUCGAUGAUUUAUUGCUAGCUGGUCACAGUCAGCUGAUUCAUUCACAUGACAACCCUGUCUAGUUUCGGGUAAGUCCUGUUUACCGGUGCUGUGAAAGUUAGUCCAGAGAAUCUGUUUUACAAGACGGAAACCAUCAUGUUAAAGUUAGUUUAGGAACCGCACGGAGAAGAUAAAUGGCUAAAGAGACCCGACGUCCGUCAGAGAGCUAACUAUGUUACUGUAACACACCGAGACGGCACAAAGAGGGUUAGCUAAACUGCCUCAGCAUCGUUGAUGUGCUGUUCACUCCAGUAGAUUUUUUUUUUGUAUGAACUUCCUCAAGGAAUUUACCAAAAUCCUGCAAAAUGACUCCAGAAGGGAAAAAGCUGGUUAACAUCAUUAUCCUAGGCUUCGGCUUUAUGUUCAUGUUCACUGCUUUCCAAACAUGCGGUAAUAUAGAGCAAACAGUUAUCAAGAGCUUCAACAGCACUGAGUUCCACGGUAGCGGGUACACAAGCAUGGCCAUCAUCUAUGGCGUUUUCUCUGCAUCCAACCUGAUCGCCCCGUCAGUAGUAACGAUCAUCGGACCGCAGCUGUCAAUGUUUUUUAGUGGGCUUUUGUACAGCGGCUACAUUGCUAUGUUCAUUUACCCGUACACGUGGAGCUUCUACACUGCGUCUGUGUUGGUUGGAAUAGGAGCAGCAGUCUUGUGGACUGCUCAGGGGAACGUUCUUGCCAUCAACUCCACUGAAAACACAAUUGGAAGAAAUAGCGGCAUAUUUUGGGCACUGCUGCAGUUCAGCUUAUUCUUUGGAAACAUUUACAUAUACUUUGCCUGGCAUGGACACACUCACAUAACAGACAAGGACCGUCAGACGGUGUUCAUCUCCCUCACCGUGAUCAGUCUGGUGGGUUGCUUCCUCUUCUUCUUGAUCCGGAAGCCGGACCCUGAACCGGCUGCCUCUGAGGCGUCGGAGUCGCUGCUGCAGGCGGAGUCGUCAGAGAGCGGCUCCACAGCCAGCCCACCUCGCCCAGGCCUCUGCUCACAAGCUCUGGACGCUUUUGUUAAAGCCUGUAAAAUAUUUUUCACCAAAGAGAUGCUGCUGCUGAGCGUCUCCAUAGGAUACACAGGCUUGGAGCUCACUUUUUACAGCGGGGUUUACGGGACGUGCAUCGGCGCCAUGACCCGGUUUGGCCAAGAUGCGAAGGGUUUAAUCGGCAUCUCCGGCAUUUUCAUCGGCAUCGGCGAGAUCCUGGGAGGGGGCGUGUUUGGGAUGUUGAACAAGUGCAACCGGUUUGGGAGGAACCCGGUGGUGCUGCUGGGCCUCAUCACUCACUUCGUCGCCUUUUACCUGAUUUUCCUUAACAUUGCCAGCGACGCUCCGAUAGCCCCGGAGGCGGGAACAGACCUGCAGGCCUACAUCACCCCCAGUGUCGAGGUGGCGAUGCUGUGCAGCUUCUUGCUCGGUUUGGGCGACAGCUGCUUCAACACUCAGCUCCUCAGCAUCAUCGGCUUCACGUUCCACGACAACAGCGCCCCCGCCUUCGCUGCCUUCAAGUUCAUACAGUCCAUCAUGGCCGCUCUGGCCUUCUUCUACAGUAACUACCUGCUGCUGCACUGGCAGCUGCUCAUCCUGGUCGUGGUGGGUUUUCUGGGCACCGUGACCUUCUUUGUGGCCGAGGGCCGGGCCGAGUCCAGCAAGCGAGAAUCGGACUACGACAGCAUCUGACGUGGCGUCUGGUGAGGAUGAGGAGGGCGCAGCUGGAGCUGUUUCACCCUCCACAGCUGGAAAAAAACUCUGACACUGACACUGGGGGUAUCUGCCGUCUGGGCCUGUACGAAGCCCGGCGGUGGCUGCGGGAACCAAACUUUAAUCUCACUCUCAACAUCUCUCUGUACUUAUUCAAACAGCAUGAGGAGGUACUGUGUUACACACAAGAUAUAUCUCAUUCUGGUUCAUUGUUGACCCCACUUCUAUUAUUUUAAGCACAUACAUUUAAAAUGUAUCUGGAAAAAUCAUGAAAACGUGCUUCAAACAGACUUCACUGAGGUUGAUAGAGGUUGGUUAAUCAAAUAAAAAGAGGGUCCCACUGAUCGUGUCUGUGUGAAGAGAUCCUGGACAAUAACACUGACUUUAUUGUAGGUUUUACCACAAAAACUAGCGAUAUUCUGUAUUUUUCUUCUCGUGAAAAGUCCCAUGAAAAGACCAAACCAGCGGUGAACGAUUCAGUUCCUGUGUGUCUCACAGCCUGAUGUCUCUUCUCCCUCUGAGCCAAAGAGCUCCUUUGUUCUCUAGAAACUAUUAAAACCCAUCAGAGAGCCUCGCUGCUGCAAUGGGUCACAUGUUUCUUCACCACCGUGAACACACACUGUAGUUUAUACAGACUCAGUCCCACGCACACACCGACCUGCCGCCCCAAACACUCACUAGAGCUCCACAUGUGGAUUCAUCCACCGCUGAAAGUAGUCCCCAACAAAUGCACAAUUUCCUUGUGUUUGUUUGAUAGAAACUACAGCGAGCAGCUGCCCUUUUUUUUUCCUUCAGUAGGAACCAAUGAGCUUGGAACUGAGAGCCACAGACAGGAAGUCAGGCUGCUUGGUCUUUUAAUGGGAUUUGACGACUGCAUUAAAAUACAAUAAUUCCAGCCUUGUCCUUUUAAAAGUCCCACUUCCACUCCAUCUCUUGCACGAAUAAUGUUGCUGUUGCUCUUCAGCUCACAACCUUAAACUUAACUUGUACAACAACAGAUCUCGAGUCCUUUACGAGCCCAGCCCUCCUCAGAUCUGCUCAUCCGACAGUGACUUACAUUUAAAAAAACAUUACACCAAACUGGGAACAAAUCAGUUAAAAGGGAAACAUUGCCAAGAAACUGAAAUCUUUUUCAUUCGUUCAUUCUGUUCUCAUUCCUUCACACACUAACGUGCUCUAUCACCAGUCUAGUUGUAAUAAGAUCCAGAUCGAGGGCGACCCGUGACUCUGCUUUCCAGGAAACUUUUCAUAAUUACAAGUGGGUGACUGCGUUUAGUUCAGAUGAAAUCACUUUGUGCCCCGAAGAAAAAGUCCUUUUCUCUUCAUUACAACUUUUUCUCAGCUAAUAAGCGCUGGAUGUUUCAAGGGUAAAAGAGGGACAACGAGAUGAAUGUUUAGUUUUACAUUGGUGACAACAGAGAGUAUUAAGCUACGCUAGCAGCACGGCUGUAUAGAUGAGUGUCAGUCAAGUCGCUCCACCGCUUUGGUUCACAUUUAACUAUUUUUAUUGGAUGCACUGCAAGAAAUUUGGCUUAAAGUGGCCGAACAGUGAUUUAGUUUUGCUAAAGCUGAGUCCCGAGAGUUAAAUAAAAAAAAAACAAAAAAGGUCCAAAACAAGCAUUUGUUUUUACAAUUCCCAUAAUGCAUCUUGACAAUAUCUUAUGUUAAAGCCUCCCUGCAUGGUUAAUGAGUCUGUCUUUCAAACGCCACACAGCCACUUUGUAACAUGGGCUUUCUGUUAAAGGUGCCCUGCGGACCUUUUCACCACUAGGAGUGCUGCAGAGCAGUGUUUUUAAGAGCGAGUCCACCACUUUCUUUGUAUUAUUUGCUGUAUGUGUGCGAGCAUGCAGGUGCCAAUAAACGUAGCAAUAUGCCAACAAAAGCACUGAGGAAGAAGACUGCUAGCUCGUAAACAUAGAUGUAAACAACAAUUAAACUCCACAGGGCGCCUUUUAAGGAUUCAAGAGCCAAGCUGGGAAAGCCGUAAAGGACAUUAUAUAUGAACUGUUCAGGCCUACAGAAACUAACCAUGACCAGUAAAUGAAUAUAGAGAGUUUCGGCCCCAUGGGACCUUAUUUCGAAAAAAUAUGUUAGUAAAUACGUUAGCGUACAUCAAUGGAGUGUCCCUUUAACUUGUUUACCUCUCUGCUUGCAUAUCCUCAAACAGCAAAACACCUUGACUCAGUCACCACAGUCAGUCCAGUUUUCACUGUAAAACAAACGGCGGACCUUAACUUUAACUUUUCUCACACUUUGGUUCCUUUACAUCCGGCUGCUAGUGUAGCCGAAGACUCUCAGUCGUGUCCUUUUUCUUUUUAGUUUAUCUGUGUUGUUGCACUUUGGUGAAGUUCCCCUCAAAUCAUUUCAAACGGAUCUGAUGCCAAACCAACACAGUGCUAAAUACAGGCCUUAUCAGACAUGUUUUUUUACUGUGACAGUGGGAAAGGGUAACAGAGAACUAUAUCUUAGAUGCUGUAGUCGUUUCCUUUUUGUUUAAAGUGUCAAUUUAUGAGUUGCAGGACAUUAUUCUGGUUAAUUUAUUGCUAAAUGAAACACGAGAGGUUUGUGUUUGCUCAAGUUUUGUUUCUUGAUGCAACUGCAAUGGAUGCAAUCAAUUUCAAGGAUACUAAGGGAAAAAUGCAUGUGUGAUAUGAAGGUGAUUUUAUACUUGAAUGUAGUAAUUAUGAAUAGCUCACAAACUUUUGCUUGCUUGUUUUUAUUAUCAAUAAAUAUUAUUUUGAA